UGUUUAACAUGACAACAUUGUAGCCUAAUUCACAAGGAGACGGAUGAGUCACUUAGUGACCACAAUGGUAGAAAUAGUUUGCCCUCUUCAUUUUGUUCAGCUUUUCUUUCUCUGAUUCACUUUUAGCAGUUGAGCUAAAAAGAAAAAUAAUGGUAACAUCCCAGUUUCCUUUUAGUAAACAGCCAGUUUAUGGACUCCAAACUGCUUUUCAGGGUUCCCGGUUGUGGAUAACAUGGUAUAUUUGAUCCAAAGCCUGUAAAGCUCCCUUUGGCUCUUCAUACUAAAUUCAAGAAGAUUCUUUUUCAGUGCCCAGAUGUGCAGAGGCCUGGUGACGGAGUUUCAUAUUUACUCAGGCCUCUGGGCACGUCUUAGCCUUUAGCGUGAGCCACUGAGUGGCUGCAAAGGGCUAUUGAAAUCAAGAAGGAAUAAGAGAUAAUAAGGUCCUUGAUGCAUUUGCCUGUGAAAGAGAGAACAUAUGUACGGGUGAGUGUGCGCGCAUAGAUAUGUGUGUCUCUCUCUUUCUCUGGGUAUAAUAUAUAUUGUUUUCUUGUUUGCUCCCUAGAAAUCCUCUAUUACAGCGAUGAUACAGCAAUGGCCCACUCUGUGGUUAGGUCACUAUUGGCCAAGCAAGAUUUUGAUGAAGUGGAUAUGGCAAAGCGGUUUGCUGAAGAAUACAAGAAGGAUCCUGACAGAAGCUAUGGAGGUGGUGUGAUUACUGUAUUCAAGAAACUCCUUAGUCCUAAAUGCAGUGAUGUGUUUGAGCCAGCAAGACAGCAGUUUAAUGGGAAAGGUUCCUAUGGGAAUGGUGGUGCCAUGAGGGUUGCAGGCAUUUCAUUAGCUUACUCAGAUGUCCAAGAUGUAAAGAAGUUUGCUAAACUGAGUGCUGAGCUAACCCAUGCAAACUCCUUGGGCUAUAACGGAGCCAUCUUGCAAGCCUUGGCAGUCCAUUAUGCUCUCCGUGGGGAGUCAAAUCGGGACAGAUUUUUGGAGCAGCUGAUAGGCCACAUGGAAGAUGUGGAAGCUGAUGACAAGUCUGUUGCUGAUGCACGAAUGCUGGGCUAUGAGGAUCGCCCCUUUUCAAAGCGUUUAAAGAAGAUCAAAGAGUUUUUGGAACAGGGUACUGUGUCCAGAUCAGACGUGUUACUAGAAUUAGGAAAUGGCAUUGCAGCUCUGCAUUCUGUCCCCACGGCGAUCUACUCAUUCCUGCGCUGCAUGGACUCUCACCCCGAUAUCCCCGAGGGCUUCAACUGUCUGCAACGGACUAUUAUCUACUGCAUCUUACUGGGUGGGGACACAGACACGAUUGCAACCAUGGCAGGAGCCAUUGCAGGGGCGUUUUAUGGGGAAGAGCAGGUGCCCCAAAGUUGGAAACAUAGCUGCGAAGCCUUUGAGGAAACAGAGAAGCUGGCUGAUGGCUUGUACGAACUCUACCACCAGCAGGCUUGAGGCAUGAAUGAGAAUUUGGCACUCAGUCAUCAGAUCUGUAUUUUUGCAUCGUGUUCCAGAGGAGGUGAAUCAUGUCUACAAUAGGGGAGUCUGUCUUCCCCCAAAGAAUGUCUAGGCCAUAGUGAAUGGCUGCCUGCGAAAGGAUUCUGUUGAAGUAACACACUCAAAAGUGCCAAUUCUUUUCAGCUGUAUAGGCACUGUUGACCUUUCCUUUGAUCUUUGCUGUUUUUUUCCUGAUUUUGAAAUUUUUGUAAUUAUGUCUUGGUUAGAGUCUAAAUUCUCCCUUAGUUCAUUAUACUGGGGUUCUCUGUACACCAUAUGGGCUUCAGGACAGUUUGCCAAGCAGGUCCUCUCCCCAAAGGAAUUGAAAUGGGACUAUGUUUGGACAUAGUCAAAGGACAAGUAUAUAAAUGUUACCAUUUAACCAACUAUUAGAUUGGGAAUUCAUCAGGCAGAACUGCACAAACUGCUUCACAUGGAACAUGUGUCUUUAAUACCAGAAAUGUGAGCUGGCAUUAAUAAAUUUAGAACUUUUUAAAAAACCAA